UCUGACGCCGCCAACCUGAAGUUCAUCUUUAUCAUUUUGGCCGCCGGGAUGGUGGCCUUCGUUGGAGCGGUAAUCUGCAUCAUUGCCGCCAUCCAUACCGGCUCCGCUGCCGAAUCUCCCCAGCAGCCGGUGGCAGACAACCAGUCGCAGUAUCUGGACGCUGGAGUGCAGCAGACUUUCCCCGGGGGCUCAGUGGCGCGAGCGGGUCCACUGGGCGCUCUCCAUGGUUCUGAAACGCAGGACGGAGAAGGAGAAGCGCCCACCUUCUUCCACGUCCCCAGCGGCUCAGAUGGCAUUGGUGGAACUAGGCAGGUUAGCCGACUUAUCUGCAGCCCAGUCCCCGCCGGAGAAUGCAACCCCAAAAACUUUCCGCAACAAGCGGAAGACCCGUCGCUGUACGCCGGCGAGGACUGGGGAUACCUCCGUACCACGGCAGAGGAACUAAAACAGACAGUGCUCCAGCAGAAGGACCAGAUUGUCACCGACCAGCGGACCAUUAGGGCUCUGUCAGGCAAGCUUUCGGAGUGUGAGAGCGGAAUAGAGAGGCGUAGCGGCCCGGAGAGUAGCGCAGGGCUCUGGGGAGGUAAGAGGGUAGAUGAGGACCGGCUCAUGGUCCGGGACAUUGCUCCGUCGUCGACUGUGGCAGAGCUGCUCACAGCUCAAGCUGUGGACGAACUGGAACAGGCUAUCGUUCAGAUGAAAGACCGCAUAGAGAAACUGGAGUCAGAUAUCGCACCGCUGGCAUUCCCUCACAACAACACGGAUGCAGCAACUGUGGUGGCUUCAAGAGGGGCUGGUGGUGGUGGGCUCUCUGAGGCCCCUGAUGGUUGGGGUGAGGCAGGGCCAGGGGGGCAGGCCGGGACAGGGGAUGGACCAGAGCAGUGGCCACGGAUGGAGGAUCUGGAGGGAGAGCUUGAGAGGAAGCUGGAACUCCUGGAGAAGGAGAGGAAGGCGCAGCGAAAGGAAUCCCGAAGACACCAGCAGGAGAUCGACCAGGGGAUCAACUCCCUACACCACCGCAUCGCUGGCCUGGAGGAGGGACUCUCAGAGUACACCUACCCCGAGGGCUACAAGCUGUCCUUCCCAGUGCGUACCAACUAUAUGUACGCAGUGGUGCGGCACCCCAUCCCUGAGCUGCGUGCCUUCACCGUGUGCCUCUGGCUGAGACCCACCGAAGGGGGAAUUGGCACCCCUUUCUCCUACGCUGUGGCGGAGCAGCCCAAUGAGCUAGUUCUGUUGCAGGGCCUGCACACCCCUGUGGAGCUGCUCAUUAACGACAAGGUGGCGCAGUUACCUCUGAACCUGUCCCGUGGCAGCUGGCACCACAUCUGUGUGAGCUGGAGCCAGAGAGGUGGGGCGUGGCAAGCCUACCAGGGGGGCAAGCUGAGAGGAGAGGGGCAGGGCCUAGCAGCCUGGCACCACAUCAGGCCUGGAGGAGUCCUCAUCCUGGGGCAGGAACAGGAUACUCUGGGCGGGCGUUUCGACUCGUCCCAGGCCCUGGUGGGGGAGCUAUCCCAGUGGAACGUAUGGGAGCGGGUCCUGACCCCCAGCGAGGUGUCCAUACUGGCCCACUGCAGCCAGCACGGCCCCCAGCCAAAGGGUAACGUGGCCCCCUGGACCAACCGGGAAGUGGAGGUGUUCGGAGGAGCCACCAAGGUGCCCAGGGAGCCCUGCGCUGCCAAACGCACCAACACCCCACUGUAAGUGGAAGGGAGAUACAGGAGCCAACGACCUUAUUCACAAAGCGUCUCAGAGUAGGACUAGUGAUGGGGGGGAAAUCAAUACAGUUACAUAUCGCAAUAUU